UAUUCUUCCGGACCACGGUGUAAUUAAGUUGUCGAGUGCAGUGCUGCAUCGUGUACAUUGUCCCAAUCUGGCUCGGCUUCUUCUUUAUUGAACUCUGCUCUGCCAAUUUCAUUCGCUAGGCGCUACUUUCUUUUUGCUUUAACCUUCGGGGAAGCCCAUUCGUUACCGCACAUACUUAUCUUCUCGCUGUGCCAACUGGCUAGUUGACCCUCCAUCAGAAUGCAUUUCACAACUCUCGCUUUUGCCGUCAGCUUGGGCUUGGCUGCUGCCCACGGUGCCCAUGGCGGCGAUGAGCAGCCCGUUCCAAACAUCAUGGCUGGUAGACGGGCUUUGCAAGAUUUUACUGCAGCUCGUCGGACCGUACAGCGCCGCGCUGCCCAUGCCGGGACAGAACCCGCGGUCUCAGAGUUGGAGAAGCGCCAGUCUCCUGACGGUCGCUGCGGUCCCGAUCAUAACAACCAGGUCUGCGACCAAAGCGACUGCUGUUCUAGUGCUGGGUGGUGCGGUCAGGGCUACCUUUACUGCUCGGCUCCCUCCUGCAUGAUCGAGUAUGGCCCAUCGUGCGAUGCCAACAUCCGCCCCGACGGACCAGACACGACGAAUGUUCCCCGUACUAGGCUUGGCUCUGUCCCUUAUGGUCAGGCCAUCUACCACUGCGAGCACUAUGGUGACAUUGCUUUAACUUUCGACGAUGGCCCUUACAUCUACACCGAGGAUCUGCUGAACAAGCUGAAGGCAUACAAUGCCAAGGCAACGUUCUUCAUUACUGGUAACAACCUGGGCAAGGGCAAGAUAAACGACCCAACCACCAACUGGCCUGCUCUCAUCAGGCGCAUGAUUGCCGAGGGCCACCAGAUUGCCAGCCACACCUGGUCUCAUCAGAGGCUCACCACUAUCAGCGCCGAAAAGUUCCGUAACCAGAUGAUUUACAAUGAGAUCGCCUUUGCUGACCUGCUGGGAUACUUCCCUACUUACAUGAGACCCCCCUACUCGGCCUGUGAUGCUACAUGCGAGGGCUAUCUCAAUGACUUGGGUUACCACAUCACCUACUUCAACCUCGAUACUGAGGGCUAUCUCCAUGACAGCGCCGAUCUCAUCCAAGAUUCCAAAGACAUCUGGGACGAGAAUGUCGAGGGCAAGGACGUCGCCACGACCAAGUGGCUUCAAAUCGAGCACGACCCCGUCUAUCAGAGCGUCUACAAUCUGACAGACCACAUGCUCGAGUCCCUCUUCCGCAACGGAUUCAAGUCCGUCACCGUCGGCGAAUGUCUCGACGACCCGCAAGAGAACUGGUACCGCUCCGUCGGCGAUGCCCCGCCAUCCAGCGGCACCACUACUCGCGUAGCCACGGGAAGUGCCACGUCUUCAAGCGUUGCCGCCCCUACUGGCACUCUCCCCGCGUCCACCGACGGCCGCUGCGGAGCCAACUUUGGCAGUACAACAUGCUUCACCGAGCCCGGCGCAACUUGCUGCUCAUCCGCCGGCUGGUGUGGAAACACGGCCGACCACUGCGGCGCAGCGUGUCAGCCUCUCUACGGCAACUGCCAGAUCUCCGGGGCAUCGAGCUCUCCCGCCCCCGUUAGUUCCGCUUCGUCAUCUGCAGCAGUCCCUACGCCGUCCGUAACCAGCUCCGCGCCUGCGACCACUGGCACGGCGGCAUCUCCGCCUCUGAGCACCAACGGGCGCUGUGGUACCACGCAGGGCGGCGCCACUUGCAUUAGUGAACCCGGCGCAACGUGCUGUUCGCAGUAUGGAUGGUGCGGUGCCACGACAGACCACUGUGGUGGUGGUUGCCAGGCUGGUUUCGGUACUUGCGGCACGUCGAACUGAUGUUGGUCAAGUUUGUCUGGAUGCCUCCGGAUUCAUCCCUGCAUUUUGGGAGUUUCAAUUUCUCAAGUCACCUCUGGUCAAAGAGCAGAGGACAAAUCUUUAGUGUGUAAUCUUAUAAUGGGAGCGCUGAGCUGUCAGAGAACUCUCCACGUACAUAUUGGCGUUUGGGCUAAGGCGAAAAUGAAAAUGGUAUCAUGGGUGCUUGAUAAUAUAAACUUAAUGGGCAAAUGUCAAUCUUAUUCCAGUCGAUCGAAGCAAAUCUGCC